UUGUCUGUGUCUGUAACCCAUGACUAGAUGUACACGAAAAUCACUUCGCUACUGUAGCUCAGUGAAUAGAUGAAUUAGGCGUUUGUGUGGGUAGAUGAUGGGUAACGCCAGUGUUGACGUAAUCUGCAGAGAAACGCUGAUCUAGGAGAGAGUGAGCGCUCCCCCGCAACAACCCCAAACAAGAAUGAAGGAAUCCUCUGCAUUUCUUUUUCACCGCACAAAACGUGUAGUCAAGCGCGAGAGUCUGCAAAUACACUUAGCUACGCGGAUAUCACGCUGAAUGUGGCGUUGAAAUGUUUGUCUCUAGAUGCACUAUUCAUUAGCUGUUUUUUCGCAUUCUUUUUAACUGCCUGGCCAUACUGACUUGACCUGAACUAGUUAAAAUUUCCCAAUUGGAAAGAGCGAAGUCUGCACAGCAACAAGAGCCAUGAUUGCGUUGCGCACUGCCUGAGCAUCUACUGCGCCUCUGGUCCAAUUGCUGAUGCUUCCCGCCUGCAAAAUCUGCCACAGCCGUAGUAAUACCUUGACAACCGGACCCGGGCGAACCGAGAAACAUUUCUGACAACUCGACGGCGGGGAAUCUUUUUUCUAAAUCAAUGCCUUGUUGUUUUUUAUUGGACAGGUCCUCGGAUAUUCUUUCACCAAAGUUCUCACGCGGCAAUUAAAAAUGAAGUGCUGGUGCGCUCAGGAGUCUUCAUCAUCAGGAUACGAUGGAGCUCUUGGAGGAGGACCUCACAUGCCCAAUAUGCUGCUGUCUUUUCGAGGAUCCGCGUGUCCUGCCGUGCUCUCACAGCUUCUGCAAGAAGUGUCUGGAGGGCAUCCUGGACGGUAACCGGAGCCCUGCUUGGAGACCACCGUUCAAAUGUCCGACCUGUCGAAAGGAGACCGUGCACAACGGCAUCGCGAGCUUGCAAGUCAAUUACUCCCUGCGUGGCAUCGUGGAGAAGUACAACAGGAUUCGAGUGAUGCCGACGAUGUCUCUCUGCCGAGUUCACAGCGGACAGCCGCUCAACAUCUUCUGCGCCACGGAUCUGAAGCUCAUCUGUGGCUUCUGCGCCACGACAGGUGAUCAUAAAGGACACACGUUUUGCGCCCUGGAGGAGGCGUAUGAACGCGAGAAGCUCGCGUUUGAGGAGUUGUUUCGUGUCGUGGAGGGCUGGAGGGGCGAGGAGGUGCAUUCGUGCCUGGAAUCGUUAGAAGGAGCGAAGAGGAAAGCACUGGAGAGGGUCUCGCGGGACGCGGAUCGAGUCUCAGAGUACUUUGAAAAAGUUUUAUGCACGCUGGAGCACAAACGGAGCGAGAUCCUCUCGGACUUUGAGACCCUGAAGCUCGCGGUCAUGCAGACCUUUGACCCUGAGAUCAACCAGCUCCGCUCGGCGCUCGAGGAGCAGCAGCGUGCGCUCAGCAUCGCCGAAUCCUUCCGGUCGCUCUCCGACCCGCUGACUUUCCUCCAGCAAAUGCAGGACUUCAGAGAAAAGCUGCGCGUCAUUCAGGGAACGCCGCUGCCGUCUCGGACGGACGUGGACGUGGGGUUGCGUGGCCUGCAGAGCUUCGAUGUGAAGGAAUGGGACCGGAUGCGUCUUGGAGAGGUGGACAAGCUGUGUGCCCCUUACGAGAGCAGCACCUACCUGGCUUCGCUGCCCCCUGCCGCAGCUCCGCGCUACUCCCGGGUGCUGUGGAGAGUUGUUCUGGUUGUAUGUGCGUGUUUCACAGCGCUGAACUUUCUCCCGUCGGACUGUCUCGCUCUGAGCAUCCAGGAUAAGGUGGUCGCACUCAGUGGCCUUUCUCUGCCCUGUCCUGGAGAGAUUGUGCGCUGGCUUGGCUUCUGCUGGAAAGAAGCGGAAGCGAUCUGCACGCUAAUAACCGAGCUGUGUCGGAACUGUAUCUUGGACCUGAUAAACACAACAUCAGAUUUCCUCAGCUGAUUUUAUAACUCCAUUCAUUAGGUACUUUUUUAUGUCCUACAAUGUGCCAACCUAGAAAAUCCCGUGCAUUUGUAGCAUUGGGAAAAUUUGCUAUAUGAAUGUGUAACAAGAAUGUCCGAUUCAUACACACACACACACACACACACACAGUCAGCAUGAUUGCUAGUAAAUUGCACUGAUUUUGUCUGUUGGGUUUAAAUGGAAAAUCGAGUGUGGAUCGAUCGUGGUUUACUAAUGGGAUGACAUUCCCAAAUCUUACAUUUAAUAAAAUGCCUUGUUCACUUAA